AUGAAACGUAACGAGCCAGAUCCCGAUUUGUGCUUCACCGGUGAACCAAUCUCCGCCGAUGAAGCUAGACAAAAAUGGCCAAUCCGUUACUCUUCUUCGGCGAUUAAAAUAGAGUCCACCGAUGCGGUAAAAUUCUUUGAUCCCUUAUAUGUCUCGAAAAGGGAGCUAAAGGCUAGAGUUCAUUACAAUGAAGCCAUUGUUGAUGGCGUUGUGUUGAAAUUAGGCGACGAUGUUUACGUUCAGGCCGGCGAGAACAAACCUAACCACAUUGCCAAAAUCAUUGAGCUUUUCGUGGGAUUAGAUGGCGAGCCCUACUUUAGAGCGCAAUGGUUUUAUAGACCAGAGAAUACGGUUAUUCAGGCUGUCGCAAAUUACGAAAACGAAAAACUUGUGCAAGAUAAAAGAGUGUUUCUUUCUAAUGUGGAAGAUGAUAACUCGCUUAACUGCAUUGACUCUAAAGUAAACAUUGCCAAGUUUCCGUUAAAGAUGAUGUCAGAAAACGAGGAGAGAGUUAUAUCACCGUCAUGUGAUUUCUUUUAUGACAUGACAUACGAAUUGGAUCACUUUACCUUCUCAAAUGCAGACAAUGAUAUUCACAAUGUGGAGAGCGAUGAAUCAACGGUCUCAAGCGAAAAUGAUUCAAAAUGUGGUGCUUCCUACAACAAAGAAUUAUAUCUGUUGGAUUUAUACUCCGGUUGCGGAGCCAUGUCUACAGGACUGACCAUUGGCGCCUCAUAUUCAGAAAUGGAGGAGGCUAUGCCAAAAGUUUGGACUUGUCUUCACGACUGA